AGAGACUGGUGGCGGUGACAACAUUUUUUGAGCACUGCUUACGCAACACUUGAGUUUAGUUUUUAUAGCUUUAUAUGCAGUUAAACUUGUUUUUGUUAACCUUGGAAAGAAAAACGUUUUUUUUUUGUGCAAAUAAAGCUAUUUUUGGAGAGACUUAAGUUGUAGUUUGAAGUGCGUAUGGAAGUGCACCACCUGUCCUGGCUCAGCCCACGGCCUUUGGUUGAGAACCUGGAAAGCCUAAAAAGGCCGAUGCAAGCAGCAGUGCGGUUUGAACAGUCUACUCUCAGAAUGAAUCAUGGCACAAACAAGCACCAGAAACUACUGUUUGUGCACGAACCCUCCAACUGGCACGGUGCAAAAGAAGGUAAAAACCGUAUGGACCAGCAACGAAGUGAUGCCACACCUGCGCAAAUUUAAAAUGAUCAUCAAACCCCCAGAAGGCCUAAUUCUUGACACGAGCCACUUGAAGUAAAGAUUACGGAUUCACACGAGCAAACAAAAUGUCACAACCACCGAAAAGAGACACCACUUCAGUGAUAACAGAGCCGCCAAGACCUAGCGACCAUUCAAAUUCAAGCACCAGCUCCAUCAAAAGAGUGGAUGCGGAACCCCAGCGGGAGCACAACUGUAAGCUUCAAGAGACCAUGUUGUUGCUGAAACAUAAAGAGGACGCAAGUAAAAUGCAGGAGUUUCAUGCAGAAAAGGACAAUAAGAAACAUGUAAAAACAUGCGACAGAUGCAAAGUUGUUAACUUGUAUGUGAAUGAAAAUGAGGCGGACUCUGCUUUUCAAGAAGCUAAAUGUCGAACACCUCUGAAUCCAAAUGUAAUGCCAUUCCUACCUCAGACAGUCUCUCCUCUGGAGCCUUUUAGUCGAUUUCAAGCCAGUUCAUUGAGCAUGAAUAGUCCACGAGUGCCUCCGAUACCAAUCUUCAAUGGUAAACCCCUGACAUAUGUUGACGGGAGAAUGUCCUCCAUGUCUUUUACCAACAGAAAGCCCCUACCAGCUCAAAAUAUCGUUGAACUGAAUGAUUAUUCUAUCGGGAAUGCGCGCCAUGCCACUAAAACGUAUUUCCGCAGAGAUAAAGAAGACUCAUGGAACGAAGAAAGAAACGUCAUCGUAGAAAGGGCCUUCAGAGAAAAGCUGAGGAGAUGGCCCAAGAUCCGGGACAAUGACCCAUUGGCACUGAAAGUGUUUGCAGACUUCUUAAAAAGCUGCAGUGAAGCAACUCCACAUGAUAGAGAACUGGCUUUUUUGAACAGCUUUGAAGAAAACCACAAACUUCUUGAAAAACUACCCGGAUGGAUGAUCAAUAAAUGGAGUCAAAUAGCUGUUGACAAACUUAAUUGCGGGGAAUAUCCAAAUUUUGCCUUUUUUACGGAGUUUCUAAGCAAAGAAGCUCAGGUUGUCUGCUAUGCUAAUACCUUGCCGUCCUUAAUGAACAGUGAUGCUUUUGGUGGUCAACCACUAAGGAAGAGAGCUCCACAAACAUAUAAUCCCAACUUGAACAAAGAAAUAGCACCAAGCAUCAAAGUGAUAUCAGCAUGUUGCGUUUGUAAAAAGAACGAUCACGACAUUGCUCGAUGUCCGGUCUUUGCCGCGAAGACUCCCGAGUGGAAGAAAGCAUUCAUUUAUGGAAACGGUAUGUGUUUUGGAUGUCUGAACAAGGGACACUUCAUCAAAGAAUGUAAAAGGAGACACAUUUGUAGUACAUGUCAACGCCAUCAUCCAACCAGUUUGCAUUCUAACAGGACUCCAAAACCCAGUCCAAGUCCUUUGAAGAAUGAUUUUACUCCCACCGACAGCCUCCGGAGCCAGGAUGUACUUCACUCAACCAGACGUUCGUCGGCUACGUCGAGUAUUAUUCCCGUUUUUGUGUCGGCGAUGGUUGAGCCGGAUAAAGAAGUCCUUACCUACGCGAUAUUAGACGCACAGAGCAGUUCCACGUUCAUCUUGGAAGAUGUGCUGGACAAGUUAAAUGUGGGUUGCCAAUCAGUGAAACUAAAACUGAGCACUAUGACGGCCACGGACACAAUAAUAGCAAGCAAGAAUGUUCAAGAUUUAAAAGUAAGAGGACUGAACUUGGACAGUCACAUUGAGAUAAAGCAAGCCUACGCCCGUGGCUUUAUUCCGAUGAAUAAAUGUCAGAUUCCUACGAGUCGGACGGCACUGCAAUGGCCUCACCUGGAACACUUAGCAGACAAAUUGCCACCAUUUCAAGACUGUAAUGUGGGUCUUUUGAUAGGAUAUGACUGCCCAUCAGCUCUAGCGCCACUUGAAGUUAUUAUUGGCGCUAAAAAUGAACCUUUUGCACAGCGGACACAGCUCGGGUGGAGUAUAAUAGGCCCAUCUAACCCCGACUUUGACUGGCAAAGACGCAAAUCGGACUCCUCGGUGAUAGUACAUCAGUCUAAAGACACCAUGUGACUCAAAGUUUUUGACAUUUUACGAUAAGAAUUUUGAUGAAACUGUAGAUGUGAAGACAAGUCACACCCAUGGUAGUGGGAGGUACACAGUGUUGGGCAAGCCACUUGGAAAAUGUAGUAAGCUAAGUUACAAACUAUCCGACACUGAAGUUAUCCCCCAGAGAAAUGUAGUGAAGCUAA